AUGGACGACGAGGUCGACGACGAUGGUGUCGGCGAGCUCGUGGCACCGCCGCCGCCAAGCCCCAAGCACCGGCGCGUCUGGUCCGUCGGCGUCGACUCGGCCACGGAGCUCGGGAAGAUCCAGAAGGCGCACGAGAUGAGCUCGCUGCAGACAGAGCUGGCCAAGCAGAGCAGGGCGCUUGAAGAGUCCCAAGAAGAGACGCAGCUCGCGGCCCGCAUCGGCCAGUCGCUCUUGGCGCAGAACCAGCAGCUCGACUACGAGCUCAAGGCUACCUUGUGCCAGGCGACAGCGCGCGCCGACGACGCCGAGCGCCAUGCACGCGUUCUCGAAGCCAGGCUUGCAGAGGCCACGACGAGCUGCCGCGCCGCCGAGAGCCAAUGCGUACACAGCGCAGUCGAGAUCGAGCAUCUCCACGGAGUGCAGGCGGGACUCGAAUCGACGAUCAAGCAGCUUACGCGGGACGCGAGCAAGUGCAAGGACGAGCGCCAGCUACUGACACAAGCCACGGCUCGUCUUCACGAAGAGAACCGAGAACUGCAGGCCGACCGUGACACGCUGCAAACAGCUAAUGGCCGCCUCAUACGAGAGCUCGAGGCGCUUCGCGCCGACCUGACCGAACGACGGGACGCUGCCGAUGCGAGCGACCGCAGUGUCCUCGAGUUCAAGACCAAGCUCGUCGGCUACGACCAAGUCGUCGCCCACCUCGAGGCGUUGCAGGCGCAUGUGCUGUCGACGGAUGUCGAGCUUGCUACGCUACACGAGCACUGCCGGGCCCUGGAAGACGCCAAAGAAGCGUCCGAGCUCUUGGUAGCCGCACUGACCACCGAACUACACACCACCACCGAACAGCUGCAGCAAGAGCGGGUUAUAACCCAAGAGAUGCGCGAGGCGAGUCGGAGUUAUUUGAGCCGUCGCUCGAGCGACGCAAGCGCCUCGGAUGGUCCCGACGUCGCAAUUCUCAAGCAAGGCUCGCUCUUCCACGAGCUCUCACUCGUGCUUGAGCGGGACCGCGCAGAUGCGACGCAGCCCCUUCUCGAUCGCAUUCUGGCACUGGAGACCGAGCUGGCCUCGUACAGAGAGGGCUCCAGCCACGAGACUGUCUCAUCACACGUAAACGAAGUCCGCGCGCUACGGGAGACACAGUACGCGAUCGAGACGGAGCUGCUUCAGGUACAGAAGGAGCUCAGUCGGACCCAAGAGACGUCCAAGCUGUGGGAAGCCAAGUACGUGGCCAAAUGCGCCGAAGCCGAUGAAUUCCGAGUCGAGCUCAAAGGACACAUGCAUGCGUGCGAAGUGGAGCUCGACCAGCUCAUGAAGCAGCGAAGCUCGAUGCAGGACGAGCUCCUCAAGGCGCGACUGCUCUACACGGAGGCCGCCGCCGAGUGGCACGCUCAAAGAACGCUGCACGAAGCGCAGGUAGAGCAGCUUCACGAGACGCUCCGAGCAGCUCAAAGCGAAGUGCAUCAUCUCAAGCUGGACGAGCGCCAUGCGGCUGCUUCGCUCGCAGCCAGCACGCAGCAGCUCUGCGAGAUGGACCGCGCGCUUCGGUUGGCCAAGGACCACGAAGAGGCGCUGAGCAAGAGCGUCGGCCUCUUUCAAAGCAACUGCGAUGCGCAAGCAAGUCGACUGUUGGCGCUUGAAGAUGCGAUGCGCGAUGCAGCCGAGACUCGAGUCAUGCAGGAGCAGCAGAUGGCCGCUCUCACGAGUGAGCUCGACCAGACGCUCGAGCUCUGGCGCGACGAGAAGACCACAAGUGACGGUCUUCGCCAGCGCAUCGAGGAGCUCCACGAAAUGAUGGAGGUGGCGUCACAGCCGUCACCAUACCGGUCACGGCAGUCGAGCAUCGAGCAGCGGCGUAGUUUUCUCAAGCGCGGAUCGCUUUUCCACGAGCUCGCACAGCAGAUAGAGCGGGAGGUCACUCUUGCCCAACGGACGAUUUCCGAAGACGACGAGACCACGCCGCCGUCUGUCAUUGUCGAGUCGCUUCGGUUGCAGCUUGAUGAGCUUCAGAUUCAACUUCGUCGAGAACGGGCACGUGUGUGCCAACUGCAGACGGAACUCGAUGCUGCGACGCCGGCUCCACCAAUUGUGCGCCCGCCGUGGUUCUGGGCGGCCUUGUAUGGCGGGCGCGUUCGCGGGCUGCUCGACAACGAGAUAAUAGCUGCACCCCACGAGUAGGACACUACAUUAUGCAAGUAAAGGCCUAGUCCACUGGGUCGUCCGUCUUUAAUUUCGACGGGCGCAGCGUUCCA